CUUUCAAAAUCAUAUUAGACACAAUGAAGGCUGCAUUACUCUUUCUCUUUCUCUCUAUCUUUGCUUUAAAAUAUUCUGGAGCAGCAGAUUCUGGACUAGAUCCUGUUCUUGACAUCAAUGGUGACAAGCUUCAAACUGGUGUUGAAUAUUACAUCUUGCCAGUUGUCCGUGGGAGAGGCGGAGGUCUCACCCUGGACAGCUUUGGCAAUGAGAAGUGCCCACUUGAUGUUGUCCAGGAGAAGCAAGAGGUCUCAAAUGGUCUCCCAUUGACAUUUUCACCUGUUAAUGUCAAGCAAGGUGUCGUUCGCGUAUCCACUGAUCUGAACAUCAAGUUCUCUGCUUCUACAAUCUGUGUCCAAUCCACAGUGUGGAAGCUCGACAACACUGAACGCGAAUCAACGGGGCAAGUGUUUAUCACAACUGGUGGUGUCAAAGGAAAUCCUGGCCGGGAGACUCUUGGCAACUGGUUUAAGAUUGAAAAGUAUGGAAAUGAUUACAAGCUAUACUACUGUCCUGAAGUGUGUGAUAUCUGCCGAGUUAUUUGCAGAGAUGUUGGCAUUUAUACUCAGAAUGGGAGGCAUCGUCUGGCUCUCAGCGACACACCGUUCAAAAUUAUGUUCAAGAAGGCUUGAAGGGUAUAUGAACUUGAGUUCAAGUUAUAGAUAUAUAUACUACGUAAAUAUGUAAUAAAAAGGGCACAUAUAUGCUGCAUUCUGCAUAUAAUCAGUGUCAUGCUAUGUUUAUCAAUAAAGCUUCAACUAUCAGACUUCAAUUUGCCCCUGUAACCAUAUAAAGCUUGUCUUUCUUCUCAA